CGCGACCUUGAAUUUACCGUCUAGUUUAAGUUUCGAUUUCGGUGUACUCUCGUCCGAAAUUCACGUUGAUUCAUUAUUGGUUUAAACUGCUUUAGUGGUGGAUGAAAAGAGCUGCUUAAAGUGCGGAAUAAUUAAAAACGAUGUGGUAUUUUAAGUAUGUGAUGAUUUUUGUGUUAUUUGACCAGACUCUGACCGUUACCUUAAUAGACAAGAAUUAUGAUGCAUUAUGGUCAGUGUAUAAGCUAAAAUACAAGAAAAAAUAUGCCUUAUCAGAGGAAGAUGUUAGAAGAGUUAUCUGGGAGAAAAAUGUGCGUCACGUUUCACAGCAUAACUUGGAAGCAGAUUUUGGACUGCAUAAAUAUAGAUUGAAAGUUAAUUUUUUUUCUGAUAAGACAGUGGAUGAACUCAAUGUGUACCGAAAAUGUUUCAAUGGAAAAGGCCAAAGAGCUAGUAACCAUAGCAGCCAAUUUCAUGAAAAUCCAUGUAGUCAGAAUUGUCACUUGCCACCAUUUGUUGACUGGAGAAUUAAAGGAUUUGUUACACGUGUGAAAGAUCAGGGUGAUUGUGGAUCUUGCUGGGCUUUUUCAUCAACUGGUGCAUUAGAAGCCCAAAAUAAAGCCAAAAAUGGUGUUUUGAUUUCUCUAAGUGAACAAAAUCUUGUUGAUUGUUCUUGGAAGCAAGGUAAUAGUGGGUGUGAUGGAGGGUGGAUGGAGAAUGCUUUUCAAUAUGUAAUAGACAACAGAGGUAUAGAUACAGAGAAAGAUUAUCCCUACAUAGGAAUGAGCAGUGAUUGUAAAUUUAAGAGAUCAGAUAUAGGAGCUAACUGCACCAAGUACAUCAAAAUCAGACGCUCAAGUGAGAAGGACUUGCAGUCUGCUAUUGCCAACAUUGGACCUGUAUCAGUGGCUAUUGAUGCUAGUAGUUAUAAUUUCAUGUUUUACAAGGAAGGCAUUUAUGUUGAUCACAUAUGUUCUAAAGAGGAUUUAAAUCAUGCUGUAUUAGUAGUGGGAUAUGGUGCAGAAAAUGGAACUGAUUACUGGAUUGUUAAAAAUAGCAACAACAAGGGAAACACCUGCCUUUGGGAUAGAGAAUAUUUAUUAUUGUUACUAGAACAAUAUACAGAGUAAUGCAAUAACAUUCAACAACAGCAAUUUUGUGCACAUUUCACUGCUUAAACUGGUUAUACUACAUUCCUAUAUAUGUGAUGAAAGAAUUUAGGAAAGCAACACUAGCUAGGACAAAGAACAGAAAGCAAGUGCGUUGUGCUCAGGAUAAAAUCUUUAGACUGAAUUAGUUUUGGUUCUCAAUGCAUUUUGUUUGGAUAAUUAAUGCUGCUGUAAAAUUAUUAUUAGCUGUUUUAGUGUUCUAUUUACAUCAUCAGUGUUACAUAAGAGUCAUAUGACAUGGAUUAGUUUGGAAAUAAAUGGUGCAGAAAGAGAUUGCUGUUUUGAAUAGAGAGGGGAAAUUAAGCAUUAAAAGUCUAUUGCUAAUUUAAAUUAUAUUUUAUCUCUUACAUAUUUUUGUCUUACAUAUAUGUUUUUAAACAAGGCAGUGGAAUUUUUCAACUCAAUAUAUAUUGCUAAGAUAAUAUGAAAAGACUUGUUUUUUUUACAGCAAAAUUAUUAUUAUCCCAGAAUAUCAGAGAUUUUUUUCAUCUGCAAUGUAACUUUAUUUUUAAGUUGAUUUACCUUCCCGUUGUAACAAUUUAUCAGCACAUUUUGUUUAUGUUUUGAUCAGGUCCA